AUGGCUACGACCGAAAGCCCCAGACGACGGACCUCCGCCACGAGUUUGUCAGGGGAUGCCGAAUGCCACGAGCAUGCCAUUCCAUCCGAAGCAACGACUAUUGAUGCUAGCUAUUCCGAAAGCGUUCAGCUCAUGCCAUCACCACUCUCACGAUCAUAUCCACCACCACCACCACCUCCUCCUCCGACGUUGACACGACCAAAUUCUCUUGGCCCCUUGAUGGCAGCCCCAUCUACAUGGCAAAAGCCCGAUGCGUCACAACACCAUGCUUCUCAAUUCUCAGGCCCGAAUACACCGCGUCCUCUAUCCCAUCGGGCCAGUCACGGACACAAACGACCUCACCCUCCGCCUCCGCCUCCGCAGUCCCGAGGACCGCGGCCACCCGUUCCCGUCAUGCUCCUUCACCCACCACCACCUCCGCCGCCGCCGCCGCCGUCAAACCUCGAUGCUGCCUUCAGGGGUCGAGGGCUGGCAAAGGUUUCGAUGCAACGCAGCCUUUCGCCGUCCAUGUCUCUAUCAUCAGGCUCAUGGCAUCACGAAUACACUAGCUCAGACGACGACACAAGCUCAGUAGAGGCAGAUUACUUUGAACAAAAAAAUCGCGUGGUCUUUCCACCGCUUAUGCCCACUGUGCAAGAUCGUCAGGUAUUUGAGCGAGAGAGGAAACAUAUCACAGACUCUAUUACGGACAAAGUCUCUCGGCUUGAGAACUCACGGAGCUCCGUACCCAGCCUCGUCGAUUCUGAUGCGUCUUCGGUGGCGUCCAUGGCAUCCCUGGACGACGGUGUACAGGAGCUAUGGGUACAGAUGAAGCAUCGCCGUCAGCGGGUGAACUUUCUAAAGCAGGACAUGGCUGGCCGGCGUAAGGUUCUUCGGGACCUGCGUCGCAGAAAGGAUGAAGCCGACAACAACUUCAUGAACAUGUUGCGCCCAAUUCUUGUCAAGGGUCGGCGUGGUCUAUCUGCAACAUCUGACCAAACGUUGGAGACACGAUUUGCCGAGAUGCAGGCACUUCGAACGGAAUACCACACCUUCGAAGUUGACUACGAGGAACUUGAGGUCUCGCUAGAUGAAGAAGAGGAAGGCCUCAAUAAUACCGAGACACGCUUCUUCAGCCUUUUGGCCGCUGGUAGCAAGAGACAACCCCGGCCAAGGAUGCGAGAAGAGGAUUCCGAGGAUGACGAAUCUGAAGAACAACCUGAUAUACCAUAUGAACUCACCGGUAUUUCCCGCCACGGGCCUUCCGACGAUGCCCAUCCGCUUUGGCAAGACCUUGUAUCUGCCAUCGGGGACUUGAACAACGCCAAAGAAGAGUACGACGAUCUCCUGCUGUAUCACAGGCAAUACACGUACAGCAUGGAUGUUAAGAAAUCGACCGGGAUGAAGCCUAGCGCGGAAGAAGUCGAAUUCAUGGACGAAUACCCGGAAGAGGAGCGCGAGAAGCGGGAGGACAUGGAUCGCCUGACAGAAGAGGUUUCCAGGCUGAAGCGGACUUGCGAAGAAAAUGGUGCGAUGAAGAAGCACCCGUCCUUUGAAAUCGCACACGCUCUCGACCCAACUAUUGGCGAAGACAUGGCGCUCGACAACACUCCCCCAAGAUCUGGAUCCCUGGCCCAUGGCCGGUUUUCCGAACUCUUAUCUCGUCCAGACCAUGUACUGCGGCCGGAGCCGGUGACUGCCAUUGAGGAGGUGAGGCGCGCUGCGAAGAUCAACGCGGCGGACCCGGCUACACUGCCGCAGCUUCGAGCGGCUCAGAAGGAGCUGGGCAUUUCUAGGCUGAUUAGCGAAUUCAAGGAAGAGGACAAGUCGGAUUUUAUCACGCGGUGGCUUCUGCAACAGCUGCGUACUUCGCCAGUUGCUGUUGAACUUCUUUAUUCAACGUUCAUACACACUCUUCGGCUCAGGAUUGGCAACGUACACAAGUGGCAGCAAGACGUUUUGUACCACUGGUGGAGAGACGGUGCUGUCAAAUCGCCGAAGGAAUUUUUUGGCCCGCUUACAGGGAGUGGGAUGGUGUCUCCGGGGCGCGAGGCUUCGCCGGAACACACGUCUCUUCCUCCGGAGCGCGAGGUGCGCAUUUCUGCACCAUCGAGAGCGGCGACGGAAGACUGGUCGAGUGGCAAUCGUCGCAUAUACCCCGAGGAAGCGAGCCGGUCGACUGAAGUUUAUUGA